GAGUGCAGUCGGUAGCCUCGACUGACGGGCCGCGCACUGGGGCCGCGGGCAGUCUGACGUUGGCGCCCACCUCGCCUCAUAUAUGCCCUCCUCCGUUCUGCUCGGCCGGAGCGUCGGCGGGCUCUCUGGCCGGAAGCUCACCUUCCGUCCUCAGCUCUUUUGGCAGGAGGUGCUCCCGGAGCACGCAGUCGCGGCCAAUCUGCAGUUCGAGUGCGACUUUGAGAGCGGCAAGAACUUUGCACGGCAGCCACCGUCUGAUCCCGACGAGACCAUUCCGGCCGACGGCACCUACGCCCUCUCAGUGGCGCGCUGCGUCAGCGACGACAAGGUGCCGUCACCUGCAGACGCGGCGCUCGCUACUCGUGCGCUGCGAGAGGCGGCUGCCGUCGCGGACGACGACACGGCGCUGCGCCACUUGCUGUCUUCGUGCUACUGCCCACGCAGUGCACUCGGGCCCGCGCUCUCGGAAUGCGCGUCGCGCGACAACGCUGCGGGCGUAGCGCUGCUGCUUGCUGCCGGCGCAGACCCGCGGGCCCCGUCGGACGGGAAGACGGCGCUGCACGUCGCUUGCGAACGAGGGUGCGAGAACGCCGCGCGGGCGCUCAUCACCGCCGCGUGCGACACGGUGCGCGUGCUCAGUCUGGACGGCCGCACGCCGCUUCAAGCCGCGCGGGAGUGUGACCACGGGCCGCUUGCGCGGCGGCUCGAGGCGCUGGCCGGUGGCGGUCCACAGUCUCAGCCUACGUGACACACAUAAGGGGGGAAUGUGCACAAGUAGGAAUCCUGGACACGAAUACAGCCACAGACAGAGAGAAGAAGAGAGAGAGAGACACUACGUAUUCAUCAGACGAGAUCGGACGAAGAGCAUUAUGUGUUUUAGGCGUGUAGAGCUAGAGGACAGUUUGAUUUCGUUCUCGUUCA